GAAAAUAAAUCCCCUUCCCAUUUCAUUGCACCCUUCAUUUGAGACUGUGACAUGUGUCGUGACUGUUAUAAGCUAUAGGCCUAUUUGUAUUCGAUCGUCUGUAGGACUGACUCUACUUAUAUAUAUAUAUAUAUAUAUAUAUAUAUAUAAAGACUUCAAUUAAAAGUAAUCUUAUAACUCCCUGGCGCAUGCACGAACACACACAUGAACGAACGCGCGCGGACACACUGAAACAUCCACUUCACAUUUCGUAGGCCAACACUCUGACAAAUCCACAGUCCGGAUCAGAUGCUGAGCACUCUCUGGGGACACGUUUGAGUUCGGUGUGAGUAAAUGGUGUCAGUUUAAAUGUGGGGAUUCUUACAUAUGACGUCUUAAGUCAGGUUAUCUAAAAAAGAUUGUUAUUGAUGUUGAUCUGAUCUAAAGAAAUGGGCGGCAACUCUUCAAAGUCUAAAAAAACGAACAUACAACUAUCUGUGACUGAAACUCUUGAAUCAAGCCUCAACAGCAGCACAUCUUCACAAAAGGAUAAGAAAUACAACAAAAAUGUGAACAAAAAGAAGAAAUCCAACAGCGUCAAAAUCAAAGCUGAUAAAAAGUCCCCCAAGAAACAUAAACAAUCUUUCUGUGAGUCGCAGACGAUUGAGCAAGUUCUGAUUGAGGACAUGUCCGUUUCCGGUUGCAAGCUGCUUGCGCCUAACUCACCAGUUUAUAGGAAAAAGUCUUCAUGCCCUUCCUGUGAAGCAAAAGACAUUCUGUUAGGCAAAAACAGGUCAAGGUCGGGGUCAGAGAGAUCGUUACGGUUCAGUGAUUUUAAUAAAGUGUUGAGGAGAACGAAAGUUUACGAAUGGGAGAUGACUCCCCUUGACAUAGCAUUAGAAGACGUCAGGGAGCCCAAACCAGAAGACGUGUGUUACAUCUGCGGAGUUUAUACAGGGCAUCACGUCAGAAUAUGUCGCGUGUGUAUGAAAGCUUACCACGACGGCUGCCUUUUGAAGAUUGGACAUCCGCUAACAGAGAAACACAGAAAACUGAUUACUAGCAAGCAAUGGAGCUGCCACCAGUGUGCGGCGCUCAACCAUCUUUUAACACAAGAGGAAGUACGUACUGCUUUGGAAGAUCUGCAAGAUUUGGACAUUUGUAAAGAUAACAUCACUGAAGAAAGCUAUCUCAGCUACUGUAAGCAGUCCCUGAACAGAGAAGGCAAAAUCUUCACAGCGGAGAAAGAGGGGAGUAGCCUGACCAGGUUUCACAUCUUUGCCAAAGACAAGGUUGUCAGUUGGACUGAUUUCUUGAACAUGGAGGGGAUCAGGAUCUUGAGUAGAAGAAAUAAAGAUUCCCUGGUGCAUUUAUUGACACAAUCUGAACUAGCCGAGGCAAGGAAAACUUUCAAAACACUGGACAAGAAAGGCUUAGGCAUGGUCAGCAAAUCUGAAGUACAGCAAUUCCUGGACAGCACAAAAACGAGAGUUAGCUCCUACUUCCCAGACGACAGCAUGAUGUAUAUUGAUGAAGACUUAGACAGUCCAGUGACUUGGGGAGACUUUUUACGAGACAGAGCGAUUUAUUUCCUGGGUCAACGCAUCAAUCUAAUGAGAGCUACGGACGGAGACUUCUCUGAAGACAACGCCGAUAAGGCAAGCACAGCCAUGUCGUUUGACUCGAUGGACGACGAUGAAGAGUACACUUCAUGUACACCAGACUUUGACCAGUCUUCCGAUCAUCACUGCCACCAUUAUCCUACAACAAACGCAGAACCCAACAGGAAAGUCCUGGACGAUAUCUCUAAGGAAUAUACCGUCAGAGUCAGCGUCAAUAAAACGAUGCUGGAUGACAUCGACGUGGAGCUACAGAAAUGUCACAAACUGCAAGAGCUUCAAGCUAGCAGUUCUGCAGAGUCUCCAGAGACUAGUUCUCAAGCCACGGGUGUAUCACCGGGCCUGGAAAACGUCCAGAACGAAGGUAAAGUAGACACUGAAACAGUCAAACCAGCACGAGUAACUCCAGAUAGAAUCGAAUCAAUUUCUUAUAACGAUAGCCUUCACGCGACUAUCCCAUGGGAUAAUCUAGGGGACAGGUCGCCUCAGAAAAGCCAAGAAGAGAAACAGCUCAACAGGAGGUCGGAAGUGAUAACUCGCAAACAAGUUAAAUCUAAUCAAGCUCGCGCCGUCUCGCAAGUUGCCUGCAGAUCUGGCAAAAAUGUCAUGGCACCUGCUUAUGGUAAUCUGACCCAGAUCUCCAGCUCAAUACAAGGCUCUGAUGUUUGAUCCAUUGAUACAGGCUCAAGUGAAACAUAUUAAAUCAGAUGGUCAUUGCCCACUUCUACAAGGUCCGAAAUUGGUGUCCAGUUUGGACUAAAUAAAUAACCAGCUGUAGGAAAUAAUUUGGUAGCAGUAGAUGUGUAGAGUUUUGUAACACUUACUAUUAGUGUAUAUAUUAACAACAAAAAAUGUACUGUCUAUGGAUUCAUUAACUUAAUGGCCAAAUUUCUCCAGAUACCAGGAGCAAAGAAGGGCCAUUGCGCUGGUCACUCUAAUGUCGACCAAUUGAAACAAGUAUAAAAAACAUCACCUCACCUCCCUCCUGCUGUUGGAAAAAUUGAAUAUGAAAAGUGUAAUAUCAGAUCAGGCUUCAAUAGUUAUCAAAACAAUCUGCUUUUGUGUAUAUUAAUAAGUAGAUAUUCUUUUUUUGCUAUUUGGAAACAAAACAUUUUGCUAUUAAAUUUUAGGGGGAUGAUGUGGUGUUUUGUUUUUCCCUGUAUAUUAUAAUGAGCCUACUGAAAAUUGAAAUGCAUUUUAUGAUAAUAGCCUAUGAAGAUCAGCUUGUUUCAUCAUUUUAUUGCUUAACAUUGUCUCAUUAUGAAUCAUUUGGCUUCAAUCCAAUGUUUCUGUCAAUAUUAUUUCACAAAGCAUGUUAAACUUAUAUGUAAUUAGUCAAUUAAAGGUUAAUUAAUUUUUGUGUAUAAUAAA